UGCAUGGGUUUCUGUCGUAAUACCAUUAUACUAUACGGUGAAAGUUGGGGAGCUGAGGCCUGAGUACAAACGGACAAACCCUAAAAAAAGCAACCUGAUGGUUUGAUCUCUUGAAUCUCCUGAGAGAUCUGUGUUCCAUUUUUUUUUUAAUAUGCUGGGAAACAGUGUGAAUUAGGUAGCCGUUGUUGAGACUUGUUAUAUGCAAGUAUUCUAGCUUUCUUGGUUUGAGUGAAGUGAAAGAAAGAAAAAAGGUAAGAAAACGGUUUAUGUGUACUUACCUUAAUCUUUGAACUCGAUUGAUUUGAAAAGUUAAGUUUGGAUUCCAUCUACCCAAAAUGUCAUACAAAAUCCGAUUGUAACGAAGCGGUGUGCUACUAUUUGUUUCUGUAUACAAUCAAAGAGUGCAAGUGGAGGCAUGAUAUAGUGCUGCUCGUACUAAUUAAGGUGCACGACAAUUGAAAGAUCAGUUCGGAUAAACAUCGUGUCAUACGAUGAUUCUGGUUAGAUAGAAGUUUGCUAUCUUUUUGUCGAUGAAAGAGAAGAAGAAGACUUGGGAGUAGUGAUGGCAAUUUCAACCCGCCCCGUGGGUAUUACCCGACCUGACCCGUGAUGGGGCGGGUAUUACCCGACCCGCAGUAGCGUGGGGCGGGACAUGGGUAUCUACUUCCGAUCCGCCCUGCCCCGUCCCGCCCCGUUCUAGACUCAUUUUAUCUCAAUUUCUUACAAUAUCUAUACGUAUUUCUCCUAUUUUGACUUUUCUUCAACUAGUUAGAGUCGAUCUUUCAAUUUGUUAGGCUCAAUUAUCCAUUCUAUUAUCAAUAUUUUUCAUUGUUAAAGUGUUUUUCCCUACGUUUUAUUGUAAAAAGUAAAAUUUACUUGUAUUCUUUUUAACAACAUGUAAGAGUGGGUCGACCCGCCCCGUCCCGACCCGUAGUAUCGUGGGGCGGGGCAUGGGAAUUGAGGUACCCGCCCCGCCUUGCCAUCACUACUUGGGAGUUGGGAAUGUGGUGGAGAGAGAGAGAGAGAGAGAGAGAGGGACCAGGUUGCCAUUAGGAGGGGCAACAAAGAAGUGUAAAACAGUGAGGAUGGCACCCCACAAUGUCCCUCUUUCACUCUCAUAUACUCUUUUUCUUUUUACCUCAAAAUCUCCACACUCCACAUAUUUUAAUAACAUACCCUUAGAAGUUGUAGAAACCAACCCGUGGUGUGUCCUUCAACAGUACCCACACUCCCACAUUUGGCUUUGUCCUUUGUCCCUCAUUCCCAUUCCUUCAUAAAUACCCAUUUCCUCCAUUACAUCCUAAAACACCAUUCUUCACUUGAGAAAGAAAGAAAGAAAGAAAGAAAGAUAGAAAGGGAGUGUGUAAAGAGUUCAUAGCAGAAAAACAGAAAGGAAAAUGGCAGUUAGGAAACCAAACAAGCUGGCACAAGCAAAAGUCUUGAGGCAAAUCCUGAAGAGGUGCUCUAGCUUGGGGAAGAACAACAACAACAACCACCAUGAUGAUGAUUGCUUCCCGCCCUUGGACGUCCCAAAGGGACACUUUGCAGUCUACGUAGGGGAGAAGAGGAGUAGGUAUAUCGUCCCGAUCUCGUUCCUAACCCACCCUGAGUUCCAGUUCCUGCUCAGACGAGCCGAGGAGGAGUUUGGUUUCGAUCACGACAUGGGUCUCACCAUCCCUUGUGAGGAAGUUGUUUUUCGCGCUCUCACCUCCAUGCUCCGAUGAAGAAUUUGAGAACCAGUUCGUCGCAAUAAGUCGGUCGCGGCGUGCUAACCGUUGGAGACUCAAUGGGAUCCAUGACAUAAUGGAGAAGAAUUUGGAGGUGGCCAAAGAUGCAGAGUUCAUCUUUUUUUUUCAACAUCUUGAUUCUCUCUUCAUUGUUUUAGAUCUGGGUUUGAUUGUUUUUUUCUUCUUUCUUCCUUUCAGUUAAGUUUUUUUUUUCUUCCCCCCUUUUUUUGUUCUUUGUUGGGUUUAGAGGGCCUAAUGACUGACCUAGGAAAGUAGUACCCAUGACAAAUUAUUUUUUAGGCAAUGGGGGACUCCCAAGUCUCAACUCUGUAUAAAAAGCAACUUAUGGUUUCAUUUUCCCCACAGUUUUGCUGUGGGAGAAAGUUUCAACUUUUCAAGCAAUGGAAUGUGGAUUAUCUUUCGAUCUCUCUGUCCCUGUUUUCAUUGUUCCUCAUUCUUUGAGAAAUUGAUUCUAAGUCGAUAGGUUACAGGGACCUCCUACGAUAACUUGAGUAUAAUUUCAAGUUAGGUAAUUUGUAUAGAUCUAAACCGUUAAAAUCUAUCAAACUUAAUUUAAACCAUUAAUUAAAUAAAUAAAAAAUAAAAAAAUAAGUAAGAAAAUAAAUGGCAACUGCCGGUCACCACUACACAACUUACCAUUCUUUUUUUCUUCUUUCCAUUUCAAAUUUAGUUGUUUUCCAUAUUUUAUUCCUUCCUUUUUUUUAAUUCUCAUUGAAUUAGAAGUGUUACUUAAGGCUUCCGUAAUAACUUAGACAUUUACGUAACACGACGUUAAUGCUCAUUAUGUAAAGAGACCUUCCAUUACGUAAGGCUUCCGUAAAGAUAUUUUACAACUGUUACGUAAAAUACACAUUCAUUAUGUAAAGGUUACGUAACGAUAGUUAUUUCUUACUUAACAGUUAAAUUGGAAGCGUUACGUAAGGCUUCCGUAAUGACUUAUCACUUUACAUAACGCGAGGUUAAUACUCAUUACGUAAAAAGACCUUCAAUUACGUAAAAGUUACGGAACGACAUUUAUUUCUUACGUAACAGUUAAAUCAAUAGUGUUACGUAAGGCUUCCGUAAUGACUUAGCAUUUUACGUAACUCGAUGUUAAUACUCAUUACGUAAAGACACAUUCUAUUACGUAAGGCUUCCGUAACAAUCUUUUACAACUGUUACGUAAGAUUACCAUAUGUUACGUAACCAUUACGUAAUGCUUAUUGUACUUUACGUAAUGAGACCUGUGAAACCUGCCAUAACAGGUAAAAAAAUCAAGUUACCUUACUUCAAGUUACCGUAGGAAAUCCCUAGUCGUGUUAAGAACCAGCUCGUUUCAUAUUCGUUCGUAUCAAGAUUAUUAUUAUUUUACCUUGUACUGCGAUUUAGUUACAAAUUAUUGUUACUGUUUAUGCCAGUCCCAAUUACGCUCACCAGAUCCGGCAUGGAAACAGGAACAAGAGAAAGAAUAUAGGAAUAGUUCCAACAUAUGCAUGUAGUUUCUUGUCAGAGAAUGUGGCUACUUGUGGUUCAGAUUAUAUUCAAUCAAUCGUACGGAUCACAGAUACAUAUUUCCUUUGUUUUUUUUCCCCCCUUCCUUUGUUAAAUUUGUUUUUUCUUUUGGUUUAUUCCAUCUUGUUAGGACAAUAACCAAAGUACCCCCCAAUUGAUAGCUAUUGAUUUACCACGAGGAGUUCUUGAUACUCUCAAUAUGAUCCUACAGGUCGAGAUUACGGAAGGACAAAAUGGGGAAUGGAAAAGAUCACCGUAAAAAAAAUUAUCAUGCAAAUUGUGUCACAUGACGAGAUUGUUCACCUUACCUUAUAUGAGGCUAAUUGCACCGAAUAACAUGUAAGUAUUGAU